AUGGCCAUUUCUUUUCCUGCCAUAGAUUUGUCGCCAGAGUUGGACCUACAAUGUGCUCCGGGAGAGAAAACCUUUCUUUUUUCUCGUGCCCGCCGUCUUGUGGUUUCUUCAUCUCUGGUGCUAAUCUUCAACGGUGCCACAAUGACUCGCAAGUUGAUCUUUGACGAGCCCAUCGUAUCGGCCACAUAUACGCGCUUUCCACGGCUUGAGGAGCUGGAUUCCGAAGCAUUGGUGGUCUGCUUGCUGACUUCGGCGCAUAUUCAUUACCCUGGUGGGAAUACCUACACAGUCAACUUCCCAUUCACCGUGAGACAUGCCUUUUCUUUUGACUCGGGCAUCUUGUUGGAGAGAGACCAAAGCCAUGACCUGCGAACAGCGCAACAUGCGCUGCUGAACAGCUAUCGCUUUUUUAGCUUAUCAGACCCCCUUGGUGACUUACGCAGUGUAACCACCUCCUCCACUUCGGUUGUUGCAUCCGCCGAAACUCUCAUGGAGUUCCCUGCGCAGGGCUUGGGAAAGACAAGAUCUCUUUGUGCAACGUUCAAUUCUAGGACAAGGACCAUCCAGAUUUACCAUAUCAAGUCGUCAGCGAGAAACACGCUUCAGACCAAUGGAAGCACUUAUAGAUCACGCAAACUGCAUUCGAUGGCGACACCCAAUCCUACAAAGAUACUCGAGGACGACAUUCUUCACGACCAGGUCCAAGGCCUGAUAUCCAGCAACUUCUCUCAUUUUUUAUCGAUUAGCAUGGACAAGAAAAGAACCAGCACAUUAUUAUCGGGAGCCUCAUCUAUUGCUAGAAUGGGAUCCGAGGCUAGCUUUCCUGACUCAACUAAACCAAACCCAUCGAAAACUGCUAUCGAAUUUGGCUCUUUGCGCAAAGAUAUGAUUUUAAGUCAUGUUGAUUCCAUUUCUCUAGACGCUCGAAGGCUGCAUUUGUCAGUCUACGGUCUUUCGCAUGACGACAAAGAAGCUAUAGUUGUUUCCAACUCUUUUUCAAAAACUACAAAUGUCUACAUCUACAAGCAUCAAACUAGCCGCAUGACGAGCCACGAGUCUAUUUACACCUUUCAAUGCCAACAUGCACAUCCGCUCAAUCAUCCUGAAUUUCAUGGCUGGUUAGUGGUGGUACUUAAUCCUUCUACUUUGCAAUUGGUUCAUCCGUUUUUGGAUGUAAGGUCGCCUCCUCUCAAUAUCGCAGGAAAAUUCCCUCCCAUCGCAAACGUUUUGAGUACUUGCGAGAAUGUCGUGGCUUUGAAAAGUGCCAACAAAAAAUGUACUGUGCUUCUAAUUAGUCUAGUCUUAGAGCCACAAAGCAAGUUGGUGAGUACUUGCCUUAAGGCUUGGAAAUACCUAUCGGGAUCUAAACUUAAUGAACACGUUUGGACCCUGUGGCGUGCAUCGCUCAUGUUAGACGAUUCUAAAGAUGAAUGGAAAGCCUUCGUGGUAACUCUACUCUCUUUUAUUUAUCCUUUCAAAGAGUAUGGCGAGAUUUGCGAAGUUGAGAACGAAAUUACAGCUUGUCUCCCGAAUGCUAAACUCAUUCAUGAUUAUUUCCUGGUAGAUUAUUCUUUCCUCGAUCUCCUACCAUACAUCGUCGCCUCAUUACACAUAAUUUACGAGGAAACUAAAUUGGAUUGUCUCUCUAGUCAAGAAUUACAGAAAUUGGGAACUUUACUCACUCAAGUCACUAUAUGGAUGAGUUGGCCAGAACAAUGGACUAAUUUCUACAUGAUUGAUCAUAAAGGCAUGGAUAUGGAACAAAAGUUGGUGCUGGUUGUUCUUUUGUAUGAUCCACCAAAUUUUUUUCAUUGCAUUACCCAAUUACUAGAAGGCUCGCGUGUCAGAUACCUCAAGUUUUCUCAACUCGUGGAAGAAAGUUCCGAUGUUGAUAUGAUCAUUACUCCCCGCUCGCAUAUAGUUUAUCGUCUUUUUGAGAUUUUGGCCUCGUCAAGUUCACCUCCCAAUGAUGUGGUCAACGAAAUGUGUGAAUAUGGACUUGAUGUCAGUGACCUUGAAUCUUUCCCGCUUGGCAUUAGUAUCCCACUAAAGGAAUGCUUUCUGAUAUGCAAAGAGAGCCCCGCACUGGAAUGGAAUCACAAUGCGUUAGAACUUGUUGGUCGGAAGGACUUGACAAUGCUCUUGCUGUCUUCUCUGCAAAUCGUCAAUAUGGGCGACAACUCAAUUAGCAAAUCUUUUAUUUCUGGAAAGGAUUCCAGUCUAAUUGUUAACAGCAUAUUUUCUAAGAGUGAAAACUUGAUUGCGUGGGAUGGUCAGUCCGAAGCUGACCGCAUUCGAGUCACUAAGCUUAUCUUUGAUCAAGAUAGGCGUUUUUACGAAAUUACGAAAUUAUUGCAUCAAACAAGAACCCAGACAGUUCUUCUUCCUCCCCAUGCAGAGAUAACCGAAUAUGAAGUGACAGUUAUGAAGAGAGAACUUGCUGCAUUAGUUGCACUCAGAACCCUAUCAAUCCCACUCGGAAGAGCCGCCCUAUUUUAUGGAGGAAGGAUGCCACUUUUAACAGAGAAAUAUCCAAUUUCAAAAUUCAAUCUUAACGCAUUGAUUGCCCCAUCGAUGACAAGCAUCGUGUUCUCAGAAAAGUCAGUGAAUUCCAAAGUUAUGGAAUGGGGACAUUUUCAUAACGGCGUGAGUUCUGGGUUAAGUAUAAGUCCACAUUCAAAUGGUAUAACCGGAAGCUGGGUGAUCUUUAAUAAACCACUAGAGAACAAUGCCCAACAUGCGGGAUUUUUGUUAGGACUUGGACUUAAUGGCCACCUUAAAAAGUUGGAAGAAUGGCACAUCUAUAAUUACUUGGGACCCAAACACCCUUUGACUAGUGUUGGUCUUUUGAUUGGAAUGGCGGCCAGUCUUAGAGGCUCCAUGGAUAAUAAAUUGACUAAGGUUCUCUCUGUUCAUGCUGUUGCAAUGUUGCCCCAAGGUGCAAAUGACUUGAACGUUCCAAUUAUAGUUCAGUCAGCUGGACUCAUUGGAAUUGGUUUACUUUAUCUUGAAACCCAGCACCGGCGUAUGAGUGAGAUAUUACUUUCACAGAUUGGUGGUCGACUUUCCCACAUAGAAGAUGAUGAAGAGCAAGAAGGAUAUCGGUUGUCAGCUGGAAUUGCACUUGGAUUGAUUAAUUUGGGAAAAGGAGAUGAUUUGAGAGGUCUAAACGACACCCAUGUUGUGGAUCGCCUACUUGGCUACGCUGUUACCAUGAGAGACUCGCAUCCCAUUUUCGAAUCUGAUAAGUCUGGGUCAGGUGCUGUGAUAGCUCUUGGGUUUAUCUAUAUGAAAACGCGAAGUGUAACAGUGGCUAAGAAAUUGGAAAUUCCUCCUUCAGAGCAAAUGCUCGAUUACAUAAAACCCGAUCUCCUACUUUUGAGAUGUUUGAUGAAAAACCUAAUCAUGUGGGAUCCAAUCGAAAGCAGUAUCUCUUGGGUUGAAUCGCAAAUUCCAGAUAUCUUAAGCAAAUUUAAUAUCAAGAAGAUCAAAGUCUUGGAUAGUGAUCAAAUCGCCUUCUUCCACAUUCUAGGUGGAUCGUGUUUAUCACUUGCCAUUAAAUUUUCCUCCAGUCACAACUUAGAAGCAAGGAAUACUAUUCUCUAUUACUUGGACUCGUUUAUGCAAAUAUUGAUGGCUGAUACAACAAACUACGACCAAAUGAUAGCAUUUAAUGGGGCAAGUCAGAUGCAAAGCUUACUUGCCCUUUGCGCCUCAAUUGUUAUGGCAGGAAGUGGUGAUCUCGAAGUUUUUCGGCGAUUAAGGGUCCUAUACGGGCGUGUGAACAGAAAUGUGAAAUAUGGCAAUCACUUGGCUGUCAACAUGGCCCUAGGUAUUCUAUUUUUGGGCGGCAGCCAGUAUACAUUUGGUGAUUCUAAUUUUGCCAUUGCAUCUUUAUUGAUUUCCUUGUAUCCCGUGUUCCCUAAUGGCGAAGGUGAACAUGAAGUUCAUCUUCAAGCUCUACGUCAUUUCUGGGCUUUGGCGGUUGAACCUAAAUGUUUAGUGGUUCGCGACGUGAACGACGGAAAGCCUAUAAAAGUUCCAGUUUCCAUAACCUAUAUGGAUGGCAAGAUGGAGGAAACAAUGACACCUUGUUUGCUCCCCCGCAUGACAGAAAUCGCAUGCAUAGAGGUUGAAGGCAAAGAGUACUUCGAUGUAAAGAUAGAUUUCCAAAUGAACUCGUCGUAUCUCGAGAAGUUCAAGAAGUCACUUACAAUUUACGUUUACAAGAAACGAAAUUACGAGUUACUCAAGGCAUCUGUCCAUUCUCUUUUCAAUACUGAAAAGAAGAUACUUGAAGUGAAAACGAAAGAAACACCGGCUGAGUCUAGCAUUAAAAAGAUGUUAGAGCUUGGUCUAAUGCAACCGUUUUCUCUGUUUGAAAAACGAGUGUUUCUACAAGAAGCUUGCAAAAACGAACAAGAAAUCGGCUUUGAAUCCAUGGGGACCAAUCUUUCAGUGUUUGAUGUCUUUGAUGCGCAGACACAACUCAAUCGCAUGGCACUGAAUCCGAAAACGGUCGAGGACUUGAGAAAUUUGAAUCUCUUGUUCGCAUAUAUGGACAACUUACUCAACAGCAAAAACCACUAUCUCCCAUGGGAUUUUGUGGAACGAUUGAAACUGAAUAUCUGGAGGCUCACGCAGUCUGCAGAUUAA